CCAUCGGUCAUGGAGUUAUCUCCGCUUAUAAAGAAGAUCGGUAAGCCAAAUAACGUUAUUGUACCCAACUAGCUACAAAAGUUGCUCCGUGGUGUCGCUGACAUUUUUGUUGUUAACUAAAUCUAGCUAGCUAGCUAAAGAUGCUUGGCUAGCUAGCUAAUUUGCGUUGAUGUCAUUCUUUUUGAUAGUGCUGGAUAGUGCUAGCUACACUUACAACAGUCAGUAGUUGUUGCUACUAAUGCACAUUCAUCCAAUAAUAUAUAGCUAGCUGCAUUUUGUUUUAUAUUGAGGGGAAAUACCUAACUAGAUAACGUUAGCUAACCACUAGUUAGCUUAGCCGACUAAUGGUCAACUCAACUCCACGAUUUAGCUAAUUCACCGUGGUCUUGUUUUCAACAGGUCACUCCUUGGCAGAGAUCAGAGUCCGAGCAUUGAAGAGCAUCAUCUGUAAGCUAGACCACUCCCUCCUCUCUGUCUCUGACCUGGUCCAGGAGAAGAUGCUGUUUGUUUACCUGCUGGAGUGGUUUAACUUCCCCGAGGUGCCAAUACAAGAGGAGGUCCUGCAGCUGAUCAGGACUCUGUCCAAGGUACCAAAACUAGUCCUCAUGACCUAGUCUGAUGACUAGCUAGACUAGAGUACAUGCUGAUGCAAUUAUGAUUGUUUAGCCUUUGACAAGCAACCUGUUGCAUUCUUGCAUCUUACAAAAAUGAUUAGAACAUGUAUAUAAUGGGCUUAGUGAAAUAUAGGAGAGUAAUGUGAUGUUGAAUCAAUUUAAAUUGAUGUUACAUGUUUUUAAAGCCAUACCUGUGGAGUACAUGUCUGUAUAAACUGUGCUUUUUAGAAACACAUGUAUUAUGUAUUUUUGUCUUCAUAGCACCCUACUGCAGCCCAGAUGCUGAGAGAUGUCGGGGCAGUGGAGUUCCUCACCCAGCUCUCCCCCAAUGUAGAGGCACGGUUAAGGGCCAUCAUCGACGGCAUCUUUGACCUGCUGUUUCAGCUUCCAGAGCUGCUUCCUGUUUGUCCAACUAUCUAUUCUAAUGAACACCAGUUACUAAACACUGCUACUGCAGGUAUGUAUCAAAGAGAUGGAAGCAUAUAAUUUGAAUGAAUAGAAUGAGUGUCCCCAUUCAAGUCAAUUAUGGCAUAAUGGGUGGACUGGCAGCCAUUUUGAGUGUACCCAUGCCUAGGUUGAAGAUGACAAAGGUUAAGACAGUGGGAUUCUAAUAUCCCAUAACUUUGCAAAUAUGGGUCCCGCGUUGCUAGUUAGCAAUGGUGCUAGUAGUUAUCAAUGGCACUGGUCCUAUGAUUUUGUUUAUUUUCUAAAGUAGCCGCAUGGAAACAUUACAUUGUCUUAACCUGUAUUUUUUUUACCUAGACCCAUGCCUGGAAGUAAAAGCAGGAAGUGUACCCUUCAAUCUGUGCUGUGAUUUGUUUGAGUCUCCCGAGUGGCGCAGUGGUCUAAGGCACUGAAUCGCAGUGCUAGCUGUGCCACUAGAGAUCCUGGUUCGAAUCCAGGCUCUGUCGUAGCCGGCCGCGUCAGGGAGACCCAUGGGGCGGCGCACAAUUAAUAAUAAUAUAAUAAUAUGCCAUUUAGCAGACGCUUUUAUCCAAAGCGACUUACAGUCAUGCGUGCAUACAUUUUAUGUAUGGGUGGUCCCGGGGAUCGAACCCACUACCUUGGCGUUACAAGCGCUGUGCUCUACCAGCUGAGCUACAGAGGACCACAGGCCCUGUGUCGUCCAGGGUAGGGGAGGGAAUUGGCGGCAGGGAUGUAGCUCAGUUGGUAGAGCAUGGCGUUUGCAACGCCAGGGUUGUGGGUUCGAUUCCCACGGGGGGCCAGUAUGAAAAAUAUUAAAAAUAAUGUAUGCACUCACUAACUGUAAGUCGCUCUGGAUAAGAGCGUCUGCUAAAUGACUAAAAUCUAAAUGUAAAUGAGUCAACUCAACUGACAUGACAAAAAACACAUUCCAUUGCAUGAGCCACAUCAGUUAGCGUAAUUUGAAUGAACAUUCGACAUUACCAUGGCAAUCCAGCAUCAGUUAAUAGAACAUUGAAAAUUAUCAUGGAAAUUAUUGUAUCACAAUACCAGGCACUCAUUGGGAGUGUACCCAUGAGUUUACCAGUCAGAUUGCCAGGUUUAGAGCUUCCAAGCCCAUUUUAUUUGUUACAUUUCUACAGAUAGAAUAUUAUAUGCAGUGUUUUUAAGUUAUGGUUUUAUGCUGAUAUUAUGCUGCUGUUGUAGUUCCCCUAGUAGAGGACUCUCCAGCGGUGGGCUAUUUCCAGACCAAGAGGCCGAGUCACGUUGAUUUUCCACCACAGAGGAUAGCAGGUAUUUGACCUCAUCCAUAUACAGGGAUGCAAACUUGUUGCUUUUCUGCGAUAUUUGCCAUUUAAAUCUCAAAAUAGGCCAUUCAUGUGAAUCGUGUAGAUCUGAAUAAAAAAAUUUUUUUUGUGGGUCUGUUUCUCAUAUGGAAAUCGUUGACUGAGCACAGAAUGCAUCCGUACGCGUCCUACAAAAAUAAUAUCCAACAAAGAUUUCUGAGCGUGAUGUCAGAUUGGUCAUAUCAGAGUGACUUCUUUGUAGGCAGGCUCUGUCAUCUCUCCACGCCACAAACUAGGGGACUGUGCGCACUGUGAGUGAAGUGCUGAAAUACAGUGGGGCAAAAAAGUAUUUAGUCAGCCACCAAUUGUGCAAGUUCUCCCACUUAAAAAGAUGAGAGAGGCCUGUAAUUUUCAUCAUAGGUACACGUCAACUAUGACAGACAAAAUGAGGAAAAAAAAUCCAGAAAAUCACAUUGUAGGAUUUUUAAUGAAUUUAUUUGCAAAUUAUGGUGGAAAAUAAGUAUUUGGUCAAUAACAAAAGUUUCUCAAUACUUUGUUAUAUACCCUUUGUUGGCAAUGACACAGGUCAAACGUUUUCUGUAAGUCUUCACAAGGUUUUCACACACUGUUGCUGGUAUUUUGGCCCAUUCCUCCAUGCAGAUCUCCUCUAGAGCAGUGAUGUUUUGGGGCUGUCGCUGGGCAACACAGACUUUCAACUCCCUCCAAAGAUUUUCUAUGGGGUUGAGAUCUGGAGACUGGCUAGGCCAUUCCAGGACCUUGAAAUGCUUCUUACGAAGCCACUCCUUCAUUGCCCGGGCGGUGUGUUUGGGAUCAUUGUCAUGCUGAAAGACCCAGCCACGUUUCAUCUUCAAUGCCCUUGCUGAUGGAAGGAGGUUUUCACUCAAAAUCUCACGAUACGUGGCCCCAUUCAUUCUUUCCUUUACACGGAUCAGUCGACCUGGUCCCUUUGCAGAAAAACAGCCCCAAAGCAUGAUGUUUCCACCCCCAUGCUUCACAGUAGGUAUGGUGUUCUUUGUCCUCCAAACACGACGAGUUGAGUUUUUACCAAAACGUUCUAUUUUGGUUUCAUCUGACCAUAUGACAUUCUCCCAAUCCUCUUCUGGAACAUCCAAAUGCACUCUAGCAAACUUCAGACGGGCCUGGACAUGUACUGGCUUAAGCAGGGGGACACGUCUGGCACAGCAGGAUUUGAGUCCCUGGCGGCGUAGUGUGUUACUGAUGGUAGGCUUUGUUACUUUGGUCCCAGCUCUCUGCAGGUCAUUCACUAGGUCCCCCCGUGGGGUUCUGGGAUUUUUUCUCACCGUUCUUGUGAUCAUUUUGACCCCACGGGGUGAGAUCUUGCGUGGAGCCCCAGAUCAAGGGAGAUUAUCAGUGGUCUUGCAUGUCUUCCAUUUCCUAAUAAUUGCUCCCACAGUUGAUUUCUUCAAACCAAGCUGCUUACCUAUUGCAGAUUCAGUCUUCCCAGCCUGGUGCAGGUCUACAAUUUUGUUUCUGGUGUCCUUUGACAGCUCUUUGGUCUUGGCCAUAGUGGAGUUUGGAGUGUGACUGUUUGAGGUUGUGGACAGGUGUCUUUUAUACUGAUAACAAGUUCAAACAGGUGCCAUUAAUACAGGUAACGAGUGGAGGACAGAGGAGCCUCUUGAAGAAGAAGUUACAGGUCUGUGAGAGCCAGAAAUCUUGCUUGUUUGUAGGUGACCAAAUACUUAUUUUCCACCAUAAUUUGCUAAUAAAUUCAUUAAAAAUCCUACAAUGUGAUUUUCUGGAUUGUUCUUUCUCAAUUUGUCUGUCAUAGUUGACGUGUACCUAUGAUGAAAAUUACAGGCCUCUCUCAUCUUUUUAAGUGGGAGAACUUGCACAAUUGGUGGCUGACUAAAUACGUUCUUUCCCCACUGUAUAUAUAUUUUUUUGAUGUGCACAGGCAUAAAAGUUGGUCGGAUUUACCAGAAAGUCUACUAAAGUUUGACUUUGCCCUUGUUUCUUAGCUAUUUACAUCAUUUUGUUCACACGCUAGGUUAUUUUUCAAUGUUAGUUUGUGGGCAGCUGAAUAUUUGUCUCACCUAAGUGACUCAUAUUUGAGGGUACAUUGUGCCUUAUUGCGUAUGGAACACUCCAAAAACAUUUUAUUCAUGUACAUGAGCACCUAGCAAUGUAAUAGAGAUGUGAGACAGGAUUUGUGUGAACAACUUGUCAGAUGCAGGUGCAUUGAAGACUGAUGUAUUCCUGUCUGGGGAGACUGAGAUUAUCAUUACGUGUCAUGAUAAACCUUAAAGCCAGACCAAAGAGCCCAACUCCCCCCUACCCCAGGACAUUAUUUUCAAAUGUAUAAUUUGUAUUUUUUAUUCUCUGAAAAUAAGCAAAUGUUUUACCAUUUCACAUGGAUUUUUCCUGUGUUUCCGUGCAAAAAGAAAUCACAUUUUUGGGCCCUAACCAGUUUGCAUCCCUGCAUAUACAGUACCAGUCAAAAGUUUGGACACACCUACGCAUUCCAGGGUUUUUCUAUUUAAAAAACAACAACUAUUUUCUACAUUGUAGAAUAAUAGUGAGGACAUCAAAACUAUGAAAUAACACAUAUGGAAUAAUGUAGUAACCAAAAAAGUGUUAAACAAAUCAAAAUAUAUUUUAUAUUUGAGAUUCUUCAAAUAGCCACCCUUUGCCUUGAUGACAGCUUUGCACACUCUUGGCAUUCUCUCAACCAGCUUCAUGAGGUAGUCACCUGGAAUGCAUUUCAAUUAACAGUUGUGACUUGUUAAAAGUUAAUUUGUGGAAUUUCUUUCCUUCUUAAUGCGUUUGAGCCAAUCGGUUGUGUUGUGACAAGGUAGGGGGGUAUACAGAAGAUAGCCCUAUUUGGUAAAAGACCAAGUCCAUAUUUUGGCAAGAACAGCUCAAAUAAGCAAAGAGAAACGACAGUCCAUCAUUACUUUACGACAUGAAGGUCAGUCAAUACAGAACAUUUCAAGAACUUUGAAAGUUUCUUCAAGUGCAGUCGGAAAACCAUCAAGCGCUAUGAUGAAACUGGCUCUCAUGAGGACCGCCACAGGAAUGAAAGACCCAGAGUUACCUCUGCUGCAGAGGAUAAAUUCAUUUGAGUUACCAGCCUCAGAAAUUGCAGCCCAAAUAAAUGCUUCACAGAGUUCAAGUAACUGACACAUCUCAACAUCAACUGUUCAGAGGAGGCGUGAAUCAGGCCUUCAUGGUCGAAUUGCUGCAAAGAAACCACUACUAAAGGACACCAAUAAGGAGAAGAGACUUUCUUGGGCCAAGAACACCAGCAAUGGACAUUAGACCUGUGGAAAUCUGUCCUUUGGUCUGGAGUCCAAUUUGGAGAUUUUUGGUUCCAACCGCUGUGUCUUUGUGAGACGCAGAGUAGGUGAACGGAUUAUCUCUGCAUGUGUGGUUCCCAUCGUGAAGCAUGGAGGAGGAGGUGUGGGGGUGCUUUGCUGAUGACACUGUCUGUGAUUUAUUUAGAAUUCAAGGCAUACUUAACCAGCAUGGCUACCACAGCAUUCUGCAGCGAUACGCCAUCCCAUCUGGAGUGCCCUUAGUGGGAAUAUUUAUUUUAUUUAUUUAUUUUUUGUAAUUUAGCAGACGCUCUUAUCCAGAGCGACUUACAUGAGCAAUUAGGGUUAAGUGCCUUGCUUAAGGGCACAUCAACAGAUUUUUCACCUAGUCGGCUCGGGGAUUAGAACCAGCGACCUUUCGGUUACUGGCACAACGCUCUUACCCACUAAGCUACCUGCCACCCUAAUCAUUUGUUUUAAAACAGGACAAUGACCCAAAACACACCUCCAGGCUGGGUAAGGGCUAUUUGACCAAGAAGGAGAGUGAUGGAGUGCUGCAUCAGAUGAUCUGGCCUUCACAAUCACCCGACCUCAACCCAAUUGAGAUGGUUUGGGAUGAGUCGGACCGCAGAGUGAAGGAAAAGCAGCCAACAAGUGCUCAGCAUAUGUGGGAACUCCUUCAAGACUAAUAGUAAAACAUUCCAGGUGAAGCUGGUUGAGAGCAUGCCAAGAGUGUGCAAAGCUGUCAUCAAGGCAAAGGGUGGCUACUUUGAAGAAUCUAAAAUAUGAUUGUUUAACACUUUUUUUGAUCAAAUCAAAUUUUAUUUGCCACAUGCGCCGAAUACAACAGAUGCAGACAUUACAGUGAAAUGCUUACUUACAAGCCCAUAACCAACAAUGCAGUUUAAGAAUAAAAUUAAAAUAGCAAAUAAUUAAAGAGCAGCAGUAAAAUAAAAUAACAGUAGGGAGGUAAUAUACGGGGGUACCGGAACAGAGUCAAUGUGCGGGGGCACCAGUUAGUCGAGGUAAUAUGUACUUGUGGGUAGAGUUAAAGUGACUAUGAAUAAAUAAUAAACAGAGUAGCAGCAGCGUAAAAUAGUUACUACAUGAUACAAUGUAGAAAAUAGUAAAAAUAAAGAAAAACCCUUGAAUGAGUAGGUGUCCAACCGUUUGACUGGUACUGUAAGUAAUAUGCUUGUAUUUUUCACCUGAUUGAUAGAGAAAAUAUAAGCUAUUACCAAUCAUGUUAUUUGGUGAAUAGGAUUUGUAUAAUAUAGUGUUUUGAGCUGAUUCUCCAUGUUUUGAUGUCUGUUUGCAGUGAGUAACUAUUUUAGAUGUCUGAAGUUUUCUACAUUUCCAUGGUUGGCUUUGACCACAACAGACCAACACAUAUUGUCAUCCAAUGAGAGGUAGGUGUCAUCAGAACUUUGUUGAACAGACAUUUUUCUAUUUUCAGAGUGUUAAUGUUGUUUUUAAAUAUAGUUUGUCAUUGGAAUAAGCUUCAUUAUCUACUUUGCUUUUUACCAGUUCUCUAAGGAGUAACAACCACAACUUGGUGAGGACCACGUGUGAGCUCCUACGUGACGUCAUCAUGCAGGACUUCCCGGCUGAGAUAUUUCUCCAGCGGCCCAGUAUCGUGCAGGCAAGAUGACUACUAUACUUGAUACAUUUUAAUUUGUGGUUAGAAAGAACACUCAGUUCUCCUGUCCUUUUCUAGCAUGGCCAAAUAGUGCCAACCAGAUGACCAGCCACCACCCAUGGCCUGGGCCUCCACAGGGUCGAUAGGAGCAAUUAGAUGGAUUGAGUCACUGGAAUUUAGAGCCAUGACAUCAUUAGCUAGCGACAGAAGGCAGUGAAUCUGAACAGGAGACAAAUUACAGCUCCAAUAACUCAAUUCCAGGUUGUCUUUUAUUUAGUGUUGUGUUAUUUACAGCUCCUAUAUCACCCUUUCUUUUUCUUCUACUGUAUAUAUGUCAUUUAAAAUUAGUUUAUUCUGUUGUUGCUAGCGAUAUUCAUAAAAACAUUGGAAGAAACAAAAUGUUAAAUCCGUGUAUUUUAUUUUAUAUAUACACACAAACACACACAGUGCAUUCGGAAAGUAUUCAGACCCCUUCCAUUUUUCCACAUUCUAUUACAUUACAGCCUUGGAUUAAAUAAAACAUUUUCCUCAUCAAUUUACACACAAUACCCCAUAAUGACAAAGCAAAAACAGGUUUUUAGACAUUUUUGCAAAUUUAUUAAAAACCAGAAAUACCUUAUAAGUAUUCAGACCCUUUGCUAUGAGACUUGAAAUUGAGCUCAGGUGCAUCCUGUUUCCAUUGAUUGUUUCUACAACUUGAUUGGAGUCCACCUGUGGUAAAUUCAAUUGAUUGAACAUGAUUUGGAAAGGCACACACCUGUCUAUAUAAGGUCCCACAGUUGACAGUGCGUUGUCAGAGCAAAAACCAAGCCAUGAUGUGGAAGGAAUUGUCCGUAGAGCUCCGAGACAGGAUUGUGUUGAGGCACAGAUCUGCGGAAGGGUAACAAAAAUACUAUUUUCAGCAUUGAAGGACCCCAAGAACACAGUGGCCUCCAUCAUUCUUAAAUAGAAGAAGUUUGGAACCACCAAGACUCUUCCUAGAGCUUCCCAGCUCUAGGAAGCUGAGCAAACUGAGCAAUCUGGGAGAAGGGCCUUUGUCAAGGAUGUGACCAAGAACCUGAUGGUCACUCUGACAGAGCUGCAGAGUUCCUCUGUGGAGAUGUGAGAACCUUCCUGAAGGACAACCAUCUCUGCAGCCCUUCACCAAUCAGGCCUUUAUGGUAAAGUGGCCAGACGGAAGCCACUCAUCAGUAAAAGGCACAUGACAGCCCUUUUGGAGUUUGCCAAAUGGCACCUAAAGGACUCUCAGACCAUGAGAAACAAGAUUAUCUGGUCUUAUGAAACCAAGAUUGAACUCUUUGGCCUGAAUGCCAAGCGUCACGUCUGGAGGAAACCUGGCACCAUCCCUACAGUGAAGCAUAGUGGUGGCAGCAUCAUGCUGUGGGGAUGUCUUUCAGCGGCAGGGACUGGGACACUAGUCAGGAUCGAGGGAAAGAUGAACGGAGCAAAGUACAGAGAGAUCCUUGAUGAAAACCUGCUCCAGAGCGCUCAGGACUUCAGACUGUGCGAAGGUUCACCUUCCAACAGGACAAUGACCCUAAGCACACAGCCAAGAUAACGCAGUAGUGGCUUCAGGGCAAGUCUCUGAAUGUCCUUGAGUGGCCCGGACUUGAACCCGAUCGAACAUCUCUGGAGAGACCUAAAAAUAGCUGUGCAGCGACGCUCCCCAUCCAACCUGACAGAGCUUGAGAGGAUCUGCUGAGAAGAAUGGGAGAAACUCCCCAAAUACAGGUGUGCCAAGCUUGUAGCGUCAUACCCAAGAAGACUCGAGGCUGUAAUCGCUUCAGGUGCUUCAACAAAAUACUGAGUAAAGGGUCUGAAUACUUAUGUAAAUGUAAUAUUUCCAUUUUUUAUUUUUUAUAAUUUUGCAAAAAAUUAUAAAAACCUAUUUUUUAUUUUUCAUUAUGGGUUAUUGUGUGUAGGUUGAUGAGGGGAAAAAAAUAUUUAAUACAUUUUAGAAUAAGGAUGUAAAGCAAAAUCUUUUGGAAAAGGUCAAGGGGUCUGAAUACUUUCCGAAUGCACUGAAUAUUUUUGCGGACCCCCUGCAGUACCUUCGCGGACACCUAGGGGGUCAACCUUGUUAGUUACUCUGUUUUGACCAUGCCCACAUAACCUUUUUAAUGGAAGUUUGACCAUAAAACUGAUCCUAAUUCUCUGAUUUCUCCUUUGUUUCAGAACCUCCUGUCCAUCCUGAGGCUGACUCCAGGUGAGAGUGAGGCAGGCUACCUGAGACUGCAGGCAGUGGCCUGUCUACAGCAGCUGUGUGUGGGGCUGAGGAGGAGACUACGUUUCCACAGAGACCCCAGCUUCUACUCCGCAAAGCAAGGUUGGAUUACAUCUGGAUUAUUUCAUGUUUAUUUAAUCAGGAAGUCUAAAAGAGUUAAGAAUCUCAUUUUCAAGGCCGAGAUGGCUUUAUAGUUAUUACGCCUAUGCUGACUUACUUUCACUACUUUGCACAGAUUUGACUUACCGGCUUUGCAUAACAUUGUAUAAAGUUGCUCUUUUGAUUGAAAGACAACGCCUGAGCUUGGUCACAUUCAUAUUAGUCAUGCAACUUCCUUAUAAUUAUUUAUUAAUUAUUAUGAAUUAGUUGAGUAUGUGUGAUGCAGUUGACAUACCAAUUAUCACUUGGCAGCUAAAAUUAAUUUCUGCUCAGACAUUGUGUCCUGCUGUGUCUGAGUAACUCUCAGAUCAGAUCUCACUAAUGAAGAACUCUCUUGUUAUUUUCCAUAUCUAACUUCAUUGCUCAGUCAGACCUAAUCCCUUCCUUACGGAUCCCAUGGAACUUACAGUGAGGAAAAAAGUAUUUGAUCCCCUGCUGAUUUUGUACGUUUGCCCACUGACAAAGACAUGAUCAGUCUAUAAUUUUAAUGGUAGGUUUAUUUGAACAGUGAGAGACAGAAUAAAACAAAAAAAUCCUGAAAAACGCAUGUCAAAAAUUUUAUAAAUUGAUUUGCAUUUUAAUGAGGGAAAUAAGUAUUUGACCCCCUCUCAAUCAGAAAGAUAUCUGGCUCCCAGGUGUCUUUUUAUACAGGAAACCAGCUGAGAUUAGGAGCACAUUCUUAAAGGGAGUGCUCCUAAUCUCAGUUUAUUACCUGUAUAAAAGACACCUGUCCACAGAAGCAAUCAAUCAAUCAGAUUCCAAACUCUCCAACAUGGCUAAGACCAAAGAGCUCUCCAAGGAUGUCAGGGACAAGAUUGUAGACCUACUCAAGGCUGGAAUGGGCUACAAAACCAUCGCCAAGCAGCUUGGUGAGAAGGUGACAACAGUUGGUGCGUAUAUUCGCAAAUGGAAGAAACACUAAAGAACUGUCAUAGUCACCAAGAAAACAAUUGGUAACACACUACGCCGUGAAGGACUGAAAUUCUGCAGCGCCCGCAAGGUCCCCCUGCUCAAGAAAGCACAUAUACAGUGAGGGAAAAAAGUAUUUGAUCCCCUGCUGAUUUUGUACGUUUGCCCACUGACAAAGAAAUGAUCAGUCUAUAAUUUUAAUGGUAGGUUUAUUUGAACAGUGAGAGACAGAAUAACAACAAAAACAUCCAGAAAAACGCAUGUCAAAAAUGUUAUGAAUUGAUUUGCAUUUUAAUGAGAGAAAUAAGUAAUUGACCCCCUCUCAAUCAGAAAGAUUUAUGGCUCCCAGGUGUCUUUUAUACAGGUAACGAGCUGAGAUUAGGAGCACACUUUUAAAGGGAGUGCUCCUAAUCAGCUUGUUACCUGUAUAAAAGACACCUGUCCACAGAAGCAAUCAAUCAAUCAGAUUUCCAAACUCUCCACCAUGGCCAAGACCAAAGAGCUUUCCAAGGAUGUCAGGGACAAGAUUGUAGACCUACACAAGGCUGGAAUGGGCUACAAGACCAUUGCCAAGCAGCUUGGUGAGAAGGUGACAACAGUUGGUGCGAUUAUUUGCAAAUGGAAGAAACAUAAAAGAACUGUCAAUCUCCCUCGGCCUGGGGCUCCAUGCAAGAUCUCACCUCGUGGAGUUGCAAUGAUCAUGAGAACGGUAAGGAAUCAGUCCAGAACUACACGGGAGGAUCUUGUCAAUGAUCUCAAGGCAGCUGGGACCAUAGUCACCAAGAAAACAAUUGGUAACACACUACGCCGUGAAGGACUGAAAUCCUGCAGCGCCUGCAAGGUCCCCCUGCUCAAGAAAGCACAUAUACAGGCCCGUCUGAAGUUUGCCAAUGAACAUCUGAAUGAUUCAGAGGAGAACUGGGUGAAAGUGUUGUGGUCAGAUGAGACCAAAAUCGAGCUCUUUGGCAUCAACUCAACUCGCCCUGUUUGGAGGAGGAGGAAUGCUGCCUAUGACCCCAAGAACACCAUCCCCACCGUCAAACAUGGAGGUGGAAACAUUAUGCUUUGGGAGUGUUUUUCUGCUAAGGGGACAGGACAACUUCACCGCAUCAAAGGGACGAUGGACGGGGCCAUGUACCGUCACAUUUUGGGUGAGAACCUCCUUCCCUCAGCCAGGGCAUUGAAAAUGGGUCUUGGAUGGGUAUUCCAGCAUGACAAUGACCCAAAACACACGGCCAAGGCAACAAAGGAGUGGCUCAAGAAGAAGCACAUUAAGGUCCUGGAGUGGCCUAGCCAGUCUCCAGACCUUAAUCCCAUAGAAAAUCUGUGGAGGGAGCUGAAGGUUCGAGUUGCCAAAUGUCAGCCUCAAAACCUUAAUGACUUGGAGAAGAUCUGCAAAGAGGAGUGGGACAAAAUCACUCCUGAGUUGUGGGCAAACCUGGUGGCCAACUACAAGAAACGUCUGACCUCUGUGAUUGCCAACAAGGGUUUUGCCACCAAGUACUAAGUCAUGUUUUGCAGAGGGGUCAAAUACUUAUUUCCCUCAUUAAAAUGCAAAUCAAUUUAUAACAUUUUUGACAUGCGUUUUUCUGGAUGUUUUUGUUGUUAUUCUGUCUCUCACUGUUAAAAUAAACCUACCAUUAAAAUUAUAGACUGAUCAUGUCUUUGUCAGUGGGCAAACGUACAAAAUCAGCAGGGGAUCAAAUACUGUUUUCCCUUACUGUAUCUCAAGAGUAGAGGUUUUCUACUCUGGUGUCUCCAUCCAUAUUAUUGUACAACAAAGGCAAAUUCUAGGCAACUAAUGAUGAUAAUUCUCUCUCUUUCCCUCCAUCUCUCUUUCUCCUCCGUAGACCCAGUGUCCCAGAACUCGUCACUCUCCUACUCCCAGGAGGUGCGUGGAGGGGGGGCCCAGCGCUCCCUGGCCUCGUCCCCAGGAGGAGAGUGCUUUCCUCGGCCGUCUGUGGUGGGUCGCAACGGCCAAAGACCCAGAGGGGACGGACAAGAUGGGGAUGCUGCCUCCAACAGGUCUGUGUCUGUUGGUGUGGUUGUCAGUGUUGUUAUUUUUUACAAUCAGUCCGGACAUUUCUAAUUGACUCAUAUAUUUUUUACCGCUUGCCUCUCAGCAGCAGUAGCUCUCAGAGAGGUGGAGCUGCAGCUCAGGCCUCCAGGCAGACCGCCCCCUCGCCUGCAGACGCAGCCCUACUAGAGCUGCCUGAUCUGGGGGUGGAGGACGUCCUCGAGCUGCAGCUCCAGCAGCUCAGCCUGGCCCAGUUCACUCUGGCCACCAUGGAGCAUACCAUACCGCUGCUCAGAACAGGUAGGAGUGAGAGAUUGUUUGCCUGUGAGUGAGUGAGAGAUUGUUUGCCUGUGUGUUUGAACAUCUCUCUCUCCCCUCCCUCUGUGAAGGUUUUUCAGCCAACAUGAUUAAUUAACAAAAGUGUUAUUCUCUCUCCCUCUCCUCCCUCCCUCCCUCCCUCUCUCCUCCCUCCUUCCCUCCCCCCAGAUGGCGUGCGUGUGUUCCGGGGUGUGUGUGAGCUGCUUUGUGAGGCGGUGGUCCUGCUGAGAGACUGUGUGUGUGAUCUGGUCUGGGACGACACCAGCCUGAUGGGGAUGGAGCUGGCAAGUCACAACACCCCUCAGUUUUAAUAUUUGAAUAUUUACUGAUCCACUGACACAGCUAGCAGACAUUAGCUAGCAGACAUUAGCUAGCAGACGCACAGUGAAGCAAGCAGAGCACACACAUACUUAUAUAUUACACAUUUGCCACAGUGAGUGUAUAAUGAACAUGAUGUCAUUCUGCAACAUGCAUGAAAAGUGACACAUUCACUUUUCAGAUUUUUCCUCUGCAGUGUGUGUGUGCUGGGAGUUACUGAACAGUAAAUAGUUUGAAUCCUGUACUGUGCUUUGGGUCACAACAUACACACAUGCAGAUUUGACCAUGUAGAGUCAUUUGUUAUUUUUCUCCUGUUAAAAGAGGGCAUGCUUCCCUGUAGGAUAUGUAUGCUCUUGUCAAGCCAAGGCCAUCUCCUCAACUCCUCUCCCCCGGGUGGUUUAAAAGGACCCCCCAGCAGCCCAGGGUCCAAGCUGUUUUGUCAUCUUUAGCUGGAGACUAGCUUGCUGUGUCACUGUUAGACUUCUUCAGGGCUCUCCUAAGACUGUUUAGUCUGGCCUGGCAGAAAAUGGGUUUCUGCUGCCCUCUGCUGGUGUCUGUGCUAUUCUUGGCUUGUGUUUUACAGGGAGAGGGUUCAUGAUUGAUAAUAAUAAUAAUAAUAUGCCAUUUAGCAGACGCUUUUAUCCAAAGCGACUUACAGUCAUGCGUGCAUACAUUUUUGUGUAUGGGUGGUCCCGGGGAUCGAACCCACUACCUUGGCGUUACAAGCGCCGUGCUCUACCAGCUGAGCUACAGAGGACCACAUGAUUGAUUAUGAUUGGUGUUUGUGUUGUUUUCAGAGGGAGAAGCUGCAGGGCACCAUGGAGACACUGUGUGACAUCAUGGCCUAUCAUAAGAGCUGUUCCUCAGACUGUCCUGAGAGUUCAUUGGUCCAGCACAGACUCGCCUACGCAGCCACUGCCAUCUUCACCAUCAGACUGCUGCAGACCAUCCUGCCCCUGGAGAAGGUGUUUUUGUUAUUUUUUUGUCACUGUACUUGUUGAGCUGCAUUAUAGACCCUGACAAAUAAAUGGAUGACUAACCCUAACCAAACAGAUACGUUUCUCCUCUCCAGGCCAGUGAUAAUCUCCCAGAGAGUGCUGUGGCAGUCCUCUUGUCUCUGUGUCUGGACCGGCCCUUCAGCCUGGCCUAUCCCAGCAUGGCGGAGGCUGCGGUGGCCUACCUGGAGCAGGUGGACCCUGAAGGCCAUGCCCUCUACAGGAGGACCAGCCGUGCUGCUCUCUGGAUGGAGUCCACCUGCAUGUUCCUUAAGGAGACGCAGCAACAGGUACUGACAUAGGUUGACACUAUGGAGAUAGAGGAGGCUCGUUUGUAAAGGAGUAGUAGGUGCUCAACCAACGUAAUACCAGGUGCAACCAAAAACCAUGUUUUUGCUUGAAGAUAAUGUAGAUAUUACAAAAAAGACUGAGUACAAUGUUAAGGAGUUGUCUCUAUUCAUCUCUACAGGGAGAUAAGAACUGGCUCGAGUUACUGGAGCUGGCAGACCAGGCCAUAGAUGGCCUUCCAUACCACCAACACCUACCCAUCAUCAAGGAGUGCAUCCACAUCUGCUCCUACUUGUAAGAUAUCUAUUACUACUAACUCUAUUUAUGGUAGAUUGAGAAGUCACCUCUCUGUAAGAUAAAUACUGCUCAUAACUAAUUUGAUGAAUGUAUUCAUUGGUUGUAUCAUCAGGUGGAAGUUUGAGCAGGCCAGUCCUCUGCUUCAGACAGAGAGCCAGAGGGUUCUACUGAAGCUUCUGUCCCAUCCCCUCCUCCCUGUCAAGACUGACACCUACACCUGCACUCUCAAUGUAGUCAAGGUGAGGUCAACCCAUAGAGAUCUAUACAAUAUGUACGGUAAUCUGGUAAUGCUGGCACUUAACAGAUGUUUGGUAGGACAACAAUAUCAUAACAUUCCUAAUGCUUUUAACCUUUCACCUCUUCAUGUGAGGUCAUCUGGUAAGAAUGUUGUUCACCUUUGACCCCUUAGGAGUGUCUGGGGGUUCAGAAUGUGGUCAAGCCUGUGUCGUCAGUCUGUAGUGGGGUUCACUUCCUCCUUCACCCCAAAGUCCUCUACGAGAUCAGCACAUUCGGACUCCAGGACCCAGCUGGGAAGGUAGUGUGUGUGUGUGCGCGCGCAUGUGUGUGUUUAGUGACAAAUCAAUCUGCUUCUCAAUAGUUUGUAUAAGGUCAUAUCAAAUGUUGACAAUGUGUAGAUGUUGUUCUAGACAUAUAGCACUGAACCACUUUUAAAAGGUCAUUAUUGCAAAACACAAUUUCUUCUCAAUGGCUAAAUGAAGGAUAAAUAGACAAGAAACAGUUGGGUGGCUCGUGAAAGAGAUGUAUUGUUAUACUGCCUGCUGUGGGUUCAGGAGUUGAUGUGUGAUCUAUAGGUGAACUCUGCUGCCAAGGAUAUUCUGCUCUUCCUGCUGAAGGGCCAAUUAAUGAUGACAGCAUCAACAUGGGACAGGUUCAACCAGGCACUUUACCCAGUCAUCCCCAUAUUACAGGUACUGUACCCACACCACACACACUCAAUGGCUGGCAUACACUGGUUAUAAACAUUGACAGCUCAUGAAGGGAAAUAAAAUGUGAACCUUUUAUGUAGUACUUUGGGGGGGAAAGCGUCUGUUAUUUUCUAAACAAGUGCAAUCAAAGUCAAAUUUCUGCUUCCUCCGAGUACAAGCACCAAAUGGAGCUGCUGCCAAGCAAUAUUUUGUUAUCUGCACAUUUGCAUAUUCUGUGAUAUUGUAACUUUUUUUGCAACAAAAAACAAGCUUUUUAUUAAACGUUGGGGUUUGAAGCAACAGAAAUCCAGACAAUUGAACAUGAAUAUGCAUGGGAUCUUGACAAGGUCGUCAAGUUUGAUUUAAUUUGCAGCCAUUCGUCUCUGAGCCUGUCACGUCAAUAGAAACCAGAUGAAAUGUUCUCUAAUCACAGUGAUGCAUAUUUAUUUACUGUUGUGCUCAGCUGGAAUUCCCAGACCUUACUGUGUGUGUGUGUGUGUGUGUGUGUGUGUGUGUGUGUGUGUGUGUGUGUGUGUGUGUGUGUGUGUGUGUGUGUGUGUGUGUGUGUAGAGUUACGCAGGCACAGAGGAUGCGCUGGGAAACUGUGUUCUUCUGAUAAGUGAAGUGUCAAACGAGGUGAGAGACGGCGUGUUUCCAAACACAGCCAAGUUGAGAGCUGCACUACGACUACUCUUUACUAAGGAGCCGGAGUAAGUGAGUGUGUCUGUGUGGUAGGGGACUGUUUCUGUGUGUUUGUGUGUGUUAGGGCUGCACGAUUAAUCACAUUUUAAUCGAAAUUGCAAUAUUUCAAUUCGCAAUAUCCAUAUUUCAGGCUGCAAUAUUGUGAAAUGCCAUUUAGCUGUCUGUAACGCCCAUUUUUAAAACUUUUGAUUUAUUUCUUGAGUUGACGGAGUUCUCUCUCCGUCUCUCCUUUUUUGUCCGCUUCCCAACCCCACACACACCAAGCCCUGACCCCUGUCACUCAAGCAUGCAGUUCCUUGUGCUCGAGAUUCUCUCUGCAUGCAUUGACCAAACAACAGCAUGCAGUCAACAGAUUUUUCCAAACAAGAACAAGACAGCUUUCCACUUUGCAUCCUAAUAUAAAUCUGCAUUAUACUAUUAUUUUGUGUAACUUAAUCUCUGCAAAACGCUAGUUAGUUGAUGUGCCCCAAAAAAUGUGUGUUAGCCCCCUAAUGCUAAUUGUUGGCUAACUAACUCCACUGAGAUGUAGCACAUUUUUGCUCUAAUACAGGGCGGUACCAGUGGUGGAGUAUAUCAGCAUUGUUUGUGCAACAUCUUGGAAAACACGAAGAAUAUUCUAAAGUCUUUCUCUGAAUGUGCCUAUCUAUUUCAAUCUAAUUAGGGUCCCAUGGGAAACACUUACCAACACUUUGGUUCCUACUUUGUCACAGCCAUCUCCUCCCUUACUUUUUCAUUUGUUGUCAUGCCAAACAAAACUGCAUUCCAAGUGCCCACUGUAUUCCAACCAUACGUUUAGAAUGAUCAUUCUAUUUCUAUGAUUCCAACAGUUUACCGAAGUGUUUUGAUCUUUAUCGCAAGUAAAAUUGCAAUAUCUGGUACAAAAAAUGCGCAAUUUGAUUAUUUGCCCAUAUUGUGCAGCCCUAGUGUUUUGGGAAUGGGAUGAUUUGUGUGUGUGUGCGUGCACGCCAGAGAAUGUGAGCGGAGUUGAGCUCCAUGUCCUUUCCAACCGCUCCACUAAAAACCGCUCUGCAUUCACAAAAUAAAAUAAAAAAUGCUGCUCCAAAUUCGCUCCGUUCAUUAAAAUCACAGUUGAACCAAAACCCACCUAUUUUUGUGACUACCUGGACCUACCAUAUGGUUUUUAAAUACUGAAACCAAACCAUAUGAUUUGAAUGAAAAGUAUUUGAAUUAACAUGAAAAGGUGAACGUAAGAAGCAUACAUACAUUCAAAUAGGCUAGAUGUCAUAUUAAACAGCAUAUAAACACUCUAAAUAGGUCAGGAGCCAGACAGGGAGGUUAAGAAGGAACGUAAAUACAUUAUUUAGGCUAUAUUAUUUCAAGGCUAUAGCCUACGAAGAGUAUGAGACAAUAGGCUGGUAAGGACAUAAAGCCCUCAGCAUUUAAACAACAUUUCAUUAUAUUAAAUCAUUAUAGUCUAUAAAUUGCACAUAUAGGCUGUGACUUACUUAUAAUUAAAUACAAAUUAAAUGAAGGAUGACUUUUAUUAGUGCCUUUUGAAUUCAUUUUUUGAAUUCAUUUUGAGAAACACGAGUUUUGGCCAGUCUGUGGCUUCAUGCUCAUGCAAGAGCAGGCCAGCAGUGGAGAAUAUCUUCUCCACCCCUGCAGAGCCACUGGGGAUGUUAAACACCCUUUUGGCCCCUCUUGCCAGGCUGGGCAGAGAUGCAGAUUUUUAUUUUUUAUUUUUCUAUAGUUAGGUCUAAAGGUUUUAAGGGAAAAUAACCUAAUCAAAAUGGAAAUCUCCUUGAAUGUGGGAAUAUGCCAGACCUAUUGGGCCAAAAUCAAUUAUGGCCUAUAGAUAAUAUAAAAACAUGAACAAAACGUUUAAGAGAGCAGAUUUGUAGUUUAUAAAUACUUUGCUACAAUGACACACUUUAGUUAUCUGCCUACCUCAUUGUUUUCUGUUAGCAUGUGCGAAUAGUAAGUACACCAUCAUGCUUUCAGGAUACGUGUCUUUUCAGAUUCCACAAUCAUUCUUUAGUUGUGGACACUACAUCACCACACUCCCUCUAUUGCUCUUAGUCCUCAUCUUUGUAAGUCACCUUGAUUUUGCACCUGUGUGUUCUAUCAGUUUCUUUAUGAAAAUAUUUAGCGAACUCCACGACAGUAGCUAAAGCAAGGGGAUGUAGCAGCACACAAGUAGACUACAAAUGCAUGCUGGGCCUGGCAUGCCCUGAGCUCGUGAAGUGAGCGCUUCUGGAGCGAAAUAAAUUGGAGCUCCUAGCUCUGCUCCGCUCACAUACUCUGGUGCACGCGUGUGUGAGAGGAAAAAGGCAAAUUUGUCUGAGUGUGUGUCUUUGUACUUUUGAAGCUGUCGACUGAAUUUGACAUUGACUCUUGAGGGCGUUGUAAAACCAGACAACUGUUUCAGUGUUUAGGUAUUCUGCUGUCCAACACUGUGUGUUGAUGUUGAUGGGCAUAUUAACGCUGUCACCUGUUAUUAGCUGAUGGAGUCAUCAACUCUGUCUCUGGCUGGGGGCUCUUUGUAAUGGUAAUGGGAGACAGCUAUCUUCUCCACACAGUCCCUGUCUGUCUGUACUGCUGUUGUAUGAAUAUGUACAUCUACUCUCUUUCUGUAUUGCACUGUGUAUUCAGUUAUCUCAGAGUGUUGUAUGGCAGAUGUAUUAGUUGUAUAUGAAAGUCCUGUAUCUUUGACUGAUUCAUAGACACAGACCGAACAAACAGACAGAAAAGACAGAGAGUGAUUAUUUGAAUGCUUGAUCAGUGUUUCCCCUCUAUGCAUUUAGCAGCGGCGCACCACUGAUUUUGUUAAAAUGUUUGAGUCACUCAGAUGGCAUACGAACACGGCGUAAGCCAUGGCAAAAUGUGUAGAAUUGCAGAAAACUAGCUUACAAACUGUCAAAUGUUCUUUCCACCCCAUGGCAAAAUAUGUAGAAAUUAGCUUUGAAACUGCAAUUUUUCUCUCAGCCAUUUGACAAAAUGUGUAGAAUUGCAGGAAAUUACUUGGCCACCGCUGCUAUAAAAAAUCCCAGGUAAAACACUUAUAUACACUACCGGUCAAAAGUUUUAGAACACCUACUCAUUCAAGGGUUUUCCUUUAUUAUUACUAUUUCCUACAUUGUAGAAUACUAUGAAAUAACACAUAUGGAAUCAUGUAGUAACCAAAAAAGUGUUAAACAAAUCAAAAUAUAUUUUAUAUUUGAGAUUCUUCAAAUAGCCACCCUUUGCCUUGAUGACAGCUUUGCACACUCUUGGCAUUCUCUCAAUCAGCUUCACCUGGAAUGCUUUUCCAACAGUCUUGAAGGAGUUCCCACAUAUGCAGAGCACUUGUUGGCUGCUUUUCCUUCACUGUGGUCUGACUCAUCCCAAACCAUCUCAAUUUGGUUGAGGCUGGGGGAUUGUGGAGGCCAGGUCAUCUGAUGCAGCACUCCAUCAAUCUCCUUCUUGGUAAAAUAGCCCUUACACAGCUUGGAGGUGUGCUGGGUCAUUGCCCUGUUGAAAAAAACAAAUCAUAGUCCCACUAAGCCCAAACCAGAUGGGAUGGUGUAUCACUGCAGAAUGCUAUGGUAGCCAUGCUGGUUAAGUUUGCCUUGAAUUCUAAAUAAAUUACAGACGGGGUCACCAGCAAAGCACCCCCACACCAUAACACCACCUCCUCCAUGCUUUACGGUGGGAAAUACACAUGCAGUGAUCAUCCGUUCACCCACACCGCGUCUCACAAACACACAGCGGUUGGAACUAAAAAUCUCAAAUUUGGACUCCAGACCAAAGGACACAUUUCCACCGGUCUAAUGUCCAUUGCUCGUGUUUCUUGGCCCAAGCAAGUCUCUUCUUCUUAUUGGUGUCCUUUAGUAGUGGUUUCUUUGCAGCAAUUCGACCAUGAAGGCCUGAUUCACACAGUCCCCUCUGAACAGUUGAUGUUGAGAUGUGUCGGUUACUUGAACUCUGUGAAGCAUUGAUUUGGGCUGCAAUUUCUGAGGCUGUUAACUCUAAUUAACUUAUCCUCUGCAGCAGAGGUAACUCUGGGUCUUCCUUUCCUGUGGCGGUCCUCAUGAGAGCCAGUUUCAUCAUAGCGCUUGAUGGUUUUUGCGACUGCACUUAAAGAAACUUUCAAAGUUCUUGAAAUGUUCCGUAUUGACUGACCUUCAUGUCUUAAAGUAAUGAUUGACUGUCAUUUCUCUUUGCGUAUUUGAGCUGUUCUUGCCGUAAUAUGGACUUGGUCUUUUACCAAAUAGAGCUAUCUUCUGUAUACCCCCCUAUCUUGUCACAACACAACUGAUAGGCUCAAAUGCAUUAAGAAGGAAAGAAAUUCCACAAAUUAACUUUUAACAAGUCACACCUGUUAAUUGAAAUGCAUUCCAGGUGACUACCUCAUGAAGCUGGUUGAGAGAAUGCCAAGAGUGUGCAAAGCUGUCAUCAAAGCAAAGGGUGGCUAUUUGAAGAAUCUCAAAUAGAACAUAUAUUUUGAUUUGUUUAACACUUUUUUUGCUUGCUACAUGAUUCCAUAUGUGUUAUUUCAUAGUUUUGAUGUCUUCAAUAUUAUUCUACAAUGUAGAAAAUAGUAAAAAUAAAGAAUAACCCUUGAAUGAGUAGGUCUUCUAAAACUUUUGACCAGUAGUGUAUAUAUCGAUUGAUUAAUAGGUUGAUUGAUUGAUGACCUACAGUCCCAUACCUCUGAGUAUUUGGUGUGAUUGCAGGGUCCGAGCUGCAGCGGUCCAACACCUUCUACCCCACCUGACCAGUGUAGAAGGGGCUACCACAGCCAGACCAGCCCUGGAGGGUCCUGUCCUCUCCUCUCUCCCCUCCCUCUUCUGUCUCACCAACGCACUGGACAUCAACCUGGACAGCAGCAACAGGUCCUUCCUCAAGGUAUGGCUAGACGGGCAGAGACAUACAGACAACGUUUGCCUUCCUCCUGUUCAAGUAAAGAGGUAUGGUUAUGUGACAGACUAUACCCUAAUGCCGGGUGUACACUACACGACUUUCAAAAUCUUAACAUCGCUGAGCCUCUCACAUUUUUUUUUAUUUUUUUAUUUCACCUUUAUUUAACCAGGUAAGCCAGUUGAGAACAAGUUCUCAUUUACAACUGCGACCUGGCCAAGAUAAAGCAAAGCAGUGCGAUAAAAACAACACAGAGUUACAUAUGGGGUAAAAAACAUAAAGUCAAAAAUACAACAGAAAAUAUAUAUACAGUGUGUGCAAAUGUAGCAAGUUAUGGAGGUAAGGCAAUAAAUAGGCUAUAGUGCAAAAUAAUUACAAUAGUAUUAACACUGGAAUGCUAGAUGUGCAAGAGAUUAUGUGCAAAUAGAGAUACUGGGGUGCAAAAGAGCAAAAUAAAUAACAAUAUAGGGAUGAGGUAGUUGGGUGGGCUAAUUUCAGAUGGGCUGUGUACAGGUGCCGUGAUCGGUAAGGUGCUCUGACAACUGAUGCUUAAAGUUAGUGAGGGAGAUAAGAGUCUCCAGCUUCAGAGAUUUUUGCAAUUCGUUCCAGUCGUUGGCAGCAGAGAACUGGAAGGAAUGGUGGCCAAAGGAGGUGUUGGCUUUGGGAAUGACCAGUGAGAUAUACCUGCUGGAGCGCAGACUACGGGUGGGUGCUGCUAUGGUGACCAAUGAGCUAAGAUAAGGCGGGGAUUUACCUAUCAGUGAUUUAUAGAUGGCCUGGAGCCAGUGGGUUUGACGACGAACAUGUAGUGAGGACCAGCCAACAAGAGCGUACAGGUCACAGUGGUGGGUAGCGUAUGGGGCUUUGGAGACAAAACGGAUGGCACUGUGAUAGACUACAUCCAAUUUGCUGAGUAGAGUGUUGGAGGCUAUUUUGUAAAUGACAUCGCCGAAGUCAAGGAUCGGUAGGAUAGCCAGUUUUACGAGGGCAUGUUUGGCAGCAUGAGUGAAGGAGGCUUUGUUGCGAAAUAGGAAGCCGAUUCUAGAUUUAAACCACCGUCUUUCCUGUAGUUUCUUUUGUCUUGCCGACGUAGUGGUGCGCAAACUAAACGAUCUGACAGACACACUACAACAUUAUUCACUUAGUCUUAAGGAUUCUCCAUACCAACACGCUGUCUCACGAAAACAAUGUGAUUAGAUCAUGCACGUGCACAGAUAGGGCUCUACCUGUACAGAGCACAUGCCCUUUUGCCCUUCUAGUCUCCAAAGUGCCCUUUUGGGUGAUGGUAUCAUUUCCCCCAAAAUUUUUAUUUUAUUUUUAAAGACCCCCAAAAAGUGUCAUUGUUGUUCGGAACCCACUGCCUGCAAGUCGUCGUCAAGUUCGCCACCACCCACCCCGUCCAUUGAUUGCGCCUGUUGAUCUGCCCUGUACCGAGCUCAAGCGCCCGGUUGUGCCUUUUUCCCAGUCUGCCCUGUACGGAGAUUGCACGUGCCCAGUAUCCAAACAUGUAUGGCUUGAGAGAUGUGGUCACCGGUCGAGUGUGUGUAGCUAGCUACCUAGUUUAAAUAUAAACAGUACUGCCACAGCAGCAUAACAUUUGAUUAACACUUGAUAACUCUUGAUUUAGCCUAUAUCAUCAAUAUUUUGGUCUGGUUGGCUGAUACGCACAGCAGAGAGAGGCAGAAAGAUGGAGGAAAAUCGCAAUCAAUAAAAGAAAUUGAGCUAGCUAACUAGCAGAUUUACAUCAAUCAACAUCAAUGAUCAGCUGAUAGCCCAGCGUCUUUUCUGAUGUCUUAAGGCGGCACUGUAACUACACUAAAAGUAUGUGGACACCUGCUCGUCAAACAUCUCAUUCCAAAAUCAUGGGCAUUAAUAUGGAGUUGGUCCUCCAUUUGCUGCUGUAACAGCCUCCACUCUUCUGGGAAGGCUUUCCACUAGAUGUUGGAACAUUGCUGUGGGGACUUGCUUCCAUUCAGCCACAAGAGCAUUAGUGAGGUCGGGCACUGAUAUUGGGCGAUUAGGCCUGGCUCGCAGUCGGUGUUCCAAUUCAUCCCAAAGGUGUUCAAUGGGGUUGAGGUCAGGGCUCUGUGCAGGCCAGUCAAGUUCUUCCACACCGAUCUAGACAAACCAUUUAUGUAUGGACCUCGCUUUGUGCACAGGGUAUUGUUAUGCUGAAACAGGAAAGGGCCUUCCCCAAACUGUUACCACAAAGUUGGAAGCACAGAAUCGUCUAGAAAGUUAUUGCAUGCUUUAGCGUUAAGAUUUCCCUUCACUGGAACUUAGGGGCCUAGCCCGAACCAUGAAAAACAGCCCCAUACCAUUAUUCCUCCUCCACCAAACUUUACAGUUGGCACUAUGCAUUGGGGCAGGUAGCGUUCUCCUGGCAUCCGCCAAACCCAGAUCCGUCGGACUGCCAGAUGGUGAAGUGUGAUUCAUCACUCCAGAGAACGCGUUUCCACUGCUCCAGUCCAAUGGUGGCGAGCUUUACACCACUCCAGCUGACGCUUGGCAUUGUGCAUGGUGAUCUUAGGCUUGUGUGUGGCUGCUCUGCCAUGGAAACCCAUUUCAUGAAGCUCCCGACUAACAGUUCUUGUGCUGAUGUUUCUUCCAGAGGCAGUUUGGAACUCUGUAAUGUGUGUUGCAACGGAGGACAGACGAUUUUUAUGCGCUUCAGCACUCUGCGGUUCCGUUCUGUGAGCUUGUGUGGUCUACCACUUUGCACCUGAGCCGUUGUUACUCCUAGACGUUUCUGCUUCACAAUAACAGCACUUACAGUUGACCGGGGCAGCUCUAGCAGGGCAGAAAUUUAACGAACUGACUUGUUGGAAAGGUGGUAUCCUAUGACAGUGCCACGUUGAAAGUCACUGAACUCUUCAGUGAGGCCAUUCUACUGCCAAUGUUUGUCUAUGGAGAUUGCGUGGCUGUGUGUUUGAUUUUAUACACCUGUCAGCAAUGGGUGUGGCUGAAAUAGCAGAAUCUACUCAUUUGAUGGGGUGUCCACAUACUUUCGUAUAUAGUAUAGCUAGUUUACAAUUUGUGAUGAGUGAGUGUUGUUGUGUGGUGAAGAUGUGGCACGUCUCUCUCCAAGAAUACGCACUGACCCCAUGCACUCAUUGUUUCUUUUUGUAAAUCGGUUGUAAAUGUUGAUCAAUUCCCCACUGUAUAUCACAUAUAUAUAUAUAUAUAUAUAUAUAUAUAUAUAUAUAUAUAUAUAUAUAUAUAUAUAUAUAUAUAUAUAUAUAUUUAGUCUUGAUGUUACCGUUAAUCCCCUCAAUUCACCAAGUAAUCUAGAAUGUUUGGUUACGGUCGUUUCUGUUCAUUCAGACAAUAUAGUAUUACAUUUGUACCGUUCUCAUUCUAAAAGUGGAAACGUUGUUUGGAGAGCUAAAAAACGGUUCAACACAUGAUAAAGAUGCUUUGGUUUAUUUCAUUCUAUUUACCAGUUUUGUCAAUUUCUUCAUUGUCUUUAUUUGGAGAGCAUGUGUCAGGUUUCUCUGUGUUGCUGUUUCAACAUGCAUAGAUGUACCUGGCCUGUACUCCACAUAGGUGUGGCUUCUUGUAUAUAAGUGCUGUUUGGGUAUGUUUCAGCAGGUCACUUUUGGUUAACAAUGGGAGGCAGUAUCUGAGCCUGCUAGACACCACCUGUGCCUUGUAUGUUUAGUACAGGUUUUGCCUGAUAAGAGGCUUUUUCUUUUGAAUAGAACAUUUGAAGUCUAGAACUUUGUAAAUACAUAUAAUUGUACAUUUAUCACCACCAUGUCCAGCGCUGUGUAAAUAAAUUCAACCACCAUGUAUACCUCUACCUGCCUGCCUUUGUCCUUACGACUGCUACAAGGUCCCUAUUUUACAUGUUGCAUAAAUAAAUAGGCCUAUGCAAAAAAAAAAAAAAAACUUUUUGCUAUAGAGGCAUUUAGUGUGUCAUUAAUUUCGAGAUGCAAAUUAUGAAAGUAUUUUUAUUUUUAUUUUUUUUUAUGCCCUUUUUUCAUUUUGAGCACAUGCCCCCUGAAAGGUCUGUGCACGGCCCUGGAUUAGAUUGUUAACGUAGCUAGAACGAGCUGUGGCUCGAAACAGGCUCAUAAACAUUUUCAGUCAGUCAUUCACGCUUACCAUACAGAGUUGAAAUAUCUAGCCAUCAUUUUGAGUUAACUAACAUUGCUUGUGAACUUCAAAGCUGUAACAAUUUGACGCUUUGGUUAAAGGCAAGUCCAAACGCAUACUAGUAGUAGUCAUCGCUCCUGCUCCAGAGUCUACACAUUCUGGGUCAUGUGAUAUAACGUCAUCUCACUGGCUUCUUUGGCAAACUGUCAUUGGCUAUUGCUGAUCACCGUUCUCAAAACUUGUCGUUGCAAAUCUCACACUACAAGAGCAUUGCAGAUUUUGUGCCGAUAAAAUCAAAUAUGUUGGAAAAUAUCGGGAUGUCUGGGACUGAUCAAAGACGGGAUCGGUAGCCCUCAGAUGGCGUCUCUGACUCGCUCACAUUAAACGAGUAGGCAACGACAUGGGGAUUUUCUUUCCGAUCUCAAAAACGUGUCUGGGACAGCUAAAUUGGGGCCAAAAUCAUUUAGUGUACACCCAGGUUAAGUUGUUCUUACUGUUACAGUCGUUUAUGUCUUUAUAACCGUAGGUGGAGUCUGUGGAGAAGCUGUUCAGCAUCUUGACCUCUGACACUGUUGACCUGACCCUCAGGAGGUCAGCAGCAGAACAACUGGCCGUCGUCCUACAGGGUGAAGUAGCGCUUCAUAUCCUCCACACGAUGCUUUUAGGAUUAUCAAGGGAUAUGUAGAUCAAAAAUGUUUUGGGGAAAAUGGCAUAACACUAGCCAUAACUCUAAAAGAUCAUAUGAACAUCAAAAUGGUUUGGAAAGAACAUAUUAACUUACAAGAAUAACUUUUUGCAGAAGAAAAUGUAUGAAAAUAUAAACAUUUUGUGCAAAUAGUCACACCAAAGAAAAGCUUGGUGUGUUUUUCCAAAGGCAUAUGCCUCUACCCACCACCAUAUGUUUAGGAUAAAUAAUAGAAGUAACUUGAGAAAGGAAAUGCAUGCAAAUUCCAUGUAUUCUUAGGGUCUAGCAUUGUUAUGCAGCCAUUUGUACUAUUGAUAGGCCUAUUGUUAAUUUAUUACUUUCAAUCUAUUUUCUCCACAGAAACGGCAAUGCACCCAGUGUUGAAGAGUCUUGGUGUAGCAGAUAAAGUGAUCUGCCUCAUCACAGAGAGUGUGAACGACCACAUGAAGGUGAAAAGACCUCGCAGAUCAUCUUGAAUAUGAAUGUGUUUGUCUGUGUUCGCUGUGUUAACACGUGUGUGUGUGUGUGUGUGUUCUUCCUCCAGAGCAUGGACUGCCUGUUGGAGCCAUGUGUGUGUAUCCUGAGAAAGCUGGUGUAUGCAGACCCCUCCCUGAGGCACCUUCUGGCUGAGAAGACCCCCCUCCUCAUCACUCUGCUCAGGAGUACGUUCACAACACAACUCAUUUAGCAACCAUCACAGUCCAAUGCUAUCACACUGCUCUGAGUGAUGUUCACACACAUCUCAUUCACUCGGUCACAGCUGAACUCAUUUCGUUAAACAGCUGAGGGAUACGUUCACAUGACAACUCAGUGAGUAACGUUUGAACAGUUUAACACUGCCCUGGAGCUCAGUUGGUAGAGCAUGGCGCUUGCAACGCCAGGGUUGUGGGUCCGAUUCCCACGGGGGGGCCAGUAUGAAAAACGUAUGCACUCACUAACUGUAAGUCACUCUGGAUAAGAGCGUCUGCUAAAUGACUAAAAUGUAAAUGUAAUUCAAUAAAUGCAUUACGUUGUACAGUUUAGAGGUAUGUUCACAGGACCUAGACGUUCACAUUGGUAACCACAUUCUGUUGCACCACUCAAAAAGGCCUUCACAAGGUUAAACAAUCACACAGCUAAACCCUCACUGGAAUCAACUUUUUUCGCCCGAGAUUUGUUUUUCAAACAGUCACAAAGUUGACUGUACAUUCACCACCGCUAAUCACUGAAUGUUUUCUAAUUGUUUGUUUAUCCUGUUAGCUUCAUUGCUUGUCAAGGAGAACAAAGGGGAUGUUAGUGAGGUGGCUGUGUUGAUGUGUCUGCUGCUCUUUGAUGAGAUUGCCACAAUAGAAGUGUGGUAAGUGUUCUUCCCUCUCUCAUCUCGAUAUAUGGCUUGUUUUUGUCAACUGAAUUAAUUUGUUUGCUUUGGAUUUUAGCACUAUUCUACAGAGCAAAGAUGUGGUUACGUCAUUUUAUUGUUUUACCUAAUCAGGUCGGACAAAUCCAGCUCCGACGUGGCUCUCUCACCAUUUUCUCUCCCAGUGUCUGUCAUACGAAGGUAAUGAAGUAGCCUGACUUGAUAAUCACCAAUAUUUACUUUUUCUAUUGAUGUCAGUCUGUCUAUUUACAUGUAACACUAUUCAUAUCUAGUAACUUCAUCAUCUGCUCUCUCCUUCCCUCCUCUCUCUCUCUCUCUCUCUCUCUCUCUCUCUCCCCCUCUAUCUCCUUCCUCUCCCUCUCCCUCCCCAGGUACAGCCUACCGUUCCAGGCUGCGUCCCAUCACGCGGUGAGCCCCUACUGCUCCGUCCUGCCCCCCUACUCUGACCUCCUCUCCCUGACCCCCGCCAAGGAGACCCUGCAGCUGGCCUGGAACACUGCAUGGCAUUCUGGGAUAGAUAACCUCUUGGAGGAACUCCGUGGGAUCCGCAGUGAUGUCGCCGAGUAAGUGAUGUCAUCACAUGUUGCGCCUUAUGUACCUCGGAUGUCAAGUUUGUUUUUGUUUACUUUUUUGUUUACCUUCAUUUUACCAAGGAAGUUAAUUGAGAUUGUUUACUAUCUACAAUGCUUACUAGAACGUUCUGGGGAAGCGUUGCAGACAGUUUGUGUUGGACUGUUAAAGAGCUGAGGCGUCUGUGAUUCAUCGGUCUUCAUCUAGCUGUCAUGUAACUUAAUGCAGACAACAAAUAAGGAAGCCUCACCGUUCCUGUUUUAACUGAACUAAUCACACCAGAGAUAUAAAACGAAACAAUGGAUCAAUUCAGGUGUCACUAUCCUGCACUAAGCUAUCACUGUCUUAAUGCAGACUGGCAUCAAAGUAAAUUGGAGAGAAAAAUAUAUACCCAGCUCAUUAGCAUUCUCUAACCAAACAAAAUCACAUGCUCAUCUAAAGUGGAACAACACAUGGCACGGACCCAGAUUAAGCCUUUGUCCUGAACUAAACAGCAAGGAGUUCACGAGUGUGUGCAACUGCCCCAUUGUGUGUAUGUUUAUUAACAUUUUUAUUUAGAUGAACCUUUGCGUCUUCGUCUGGUUAGAAGAUCUUCGGAGUACUACAGUACUUUUUCAAUGAAACUUCAAGGUGCUUAGUGUUGUUUAGAUACUGUAGUUAGCUUGAAUCAGUCAGUCCUGAGGGGGUAUCCUACGAAGCCAGCUAGAUCUACUCAGUUAGCUUCACAUUCCAGCUCAGGCUUUAUCCGUACUACGACGGUGGAUAUUGCUCGUCCGUAACUGCGCGUGCAUGUCGCACGUGGCUAGUCGAAUGCCGAACUCGUCAAUGAGACAAUGCUGAAAUCAAAAUGAAAGAAAAGGUGUCUUGCAAAUUCAGUAGGCUGUGGUGUGAAAUAGGCUUUUAGAAGUGCUGUCUUUAUUUUAUUACUUAUCGUUAAUGCCGUCUUUGGUGUGCUUAUCAAUGUACAAGCACCUUUUUUCCCCACUCCUAUCGAUACUUUUGUAUGACUUAAUAAUUUUGACAAAAUUAGGACUACAUUGCGUGAAGUUUAAAAUGCAUUCUGUCAUUAUGGGUAAUGUUAUAUAUUUUAACAUUACUAUAUUUUAACACACCAAAAAACUUUUGAUGAAUAAAAUAUUUAAUCAGUCGUCUUCCUCAAAUGAAGGGGAUGAUGAGGCAAUCUUUGCAAGAGGGAGGGAAUCUGAUUUCAUUGGUCCUCAACUCACGGCUGUAAUUUCAUUCAGGGCAAGUGGAGUUAGCCGUCCCUGGAGCAGGUUAGUUCUGAAGGAUUCGUUGCCAUAGAAAUGUACCUGGCUAAAAGGUGAGCCACUUUUGUAUGACCGGUUAUCCCGAGUUGAACUCAGAGUUGAUCAAAGUUACCUCGCUAACUCCUCAAACCUGCUUCGUAGGAUACCCCUCUGGUUCUCAGGUGUAAACCAGGCUGCCACACAGCCUUUUAGUGAUGAGUCACGCAGUACUACCCACAAUCCCCUGCUGUCCCAGACACAGGAAGUGUGGAUUGACAAGACACGUCUGGAAAACGGCUGAUCAAAAGUCCCUGGGAACAGAAUGAGGUAAUCGCUGUGCUGCCUGGGUGAUCGGGCUCUUAUGUGACACCCCUGUCACCGUAGAAAUAGAACUUCUGAUUCAACACAGAGUCAGAAUCAGAAAGACUCAAUUAUUACAACUGUAUUUUUCCACGCCACAUUCUACUCUCCCCUUCGACUCUUUCCCAGGUGGUUUCUUAACGAGAAUGUGCUCACUCAUUCUCAUCACAGCCAAAAAUAAAAGGUCAAGAUAACAUAACUAGGCCCGAGUUUUUCCUGGUCCGGUCACAUGGACAAGAUUUUUUUGAUUGAGUAGUACUAUAUUGACCCUGAAGGGGAACUUUGAUUGUUUGCUGAAAAAAUAACAAAUACUGUCUUGUUUUCCUCUAGUUUCCACGGUGAUCUGAGCCUGUCAGAGUCGCAGGUUCUGUCGCUACGGGCAACACACCUCCCCAGCGGCCUUCAGGACUGCGUCGAGGACAUCGUCAUGGCAGCAGGCCACGCCUCUGUGACCUCUGCACUCUCCAGGCUCCGCCUCCACCUGCUGAUUGACAGGCUGGCCAUCACAGGCACUCACACACACAGGUGCAGGGACACACUCCGUUCCCUCACCUGGCAGCCCGCCAUAGCAAGGUACACACACACACUAAAAGACCAUCUAUACUGAACAAAAAUAUAAAUGCAACAUGCAAUAAUUUCAAAGAUUUUACUGAGUUAAGGUUCAUAUAAGGAAAUCUGUCAAAUAAAUACAUUCAUUAGACCCUCAUCUAUGGAUUUCACAUGACUGGGAAUACAGAUAUUAAUCUGUUGGUCACAGAUAACAAAAAAAAUAAGAAACGGGCGUGGAUCAGAAAACCAGUCUAUAUCUGGUGUGACCACAAUUUGCCUCAUGCAGCGCGAAACAUCUCCUUCGCAUAGAGUUGAUCAGGCUGUUGAUUGUGGCCUUUGGAAUGUUGUCCCACUCCUCUUCAAUGGCUGUGCUAAGUUGCUUGAUAUUGGUGGGAACUGGAACACGCUGUCGUGCACGUUGAUCCAGAGCAUCCCAAACAUGCUCAAUGGGUGACAUGUCUGGUGAGUAUACAGGCCAUGCAAUAACUGGGACAUUUUCAGCUUCCAGGAAUUGUGUACAGAUCCUUGCAACAUGAGGCCAUGCAUAAUAAUGCGUAAACAUGAGGUGAUGGCGGGGGAUGAAUGGCACAGCAAUGGGCCUCAGGAUCUCAUCACGGUAUCUCUGCAUUCAAAUUGCCAUUGAUAAAAUGCAAUUGUGUUCGUUGUCCGUAGCUUAUACCUGCUCAUAUCCUAACCCCACCGCCACCAUGGGGCACUCUGUUCACAACGUUGACAUAAGCAAACCGCUCACCCACACGACGCCAUACACGUGGUCUGCGAAUGUGAGGCUGGUUGAACGUACUGCCAAAUUCUCUAAAAUGGCGUUGGAGGUGGCAUACAGUGCUAUGAAAAAGUAUUUGCCCCCUUUCUAAUAUGCAACACGCAAUUCCCCUUUGUGAAAAAGUAAUUGCCCCCUUACACUCAAUAACUGGUUGUGCCACCUUUAGCUGCAAUGACUCCAACCAAAUGCUUCCUGUAGUUGUUGAUCAGUCUCUCACGUCGCUGUGGAGGAAUUUUGGCCCACUCUUCCAUGCAGAAUUGCUUUAACUCAGUGACGUGUGGGUUUUCAAACAUGAACUGCUCGUUUCAAGUCCUGCCACAACAUCUCAAUUGGGAUUAGGUCUGGACUUUGACUAGGCCAUUACAAAACGUCCAAUUUGUUGCUUUUUAGCAUUUUUCAUGUAGACUUGAUUGUGUGUUUUGGAUCAUUGUCUUGCUGCAUGACCCAGCUGCGCUUCAGCUUCAGCUCACAGACAGAUGGUCUGACAUUCUCCUGUAGAAUUCUCUGAUACAGAGCAGAAUUCAUGGUUCCUUCUAUUAAGGCAAGUCGUCCAGGUCCUGAGGCAGCAAAGCAUCCCCAAACCAUCACACCACCACCACCAUACUUGACCUUUGGUAUGAUGUUCUUACUGUGGAAUGCAGUGUUUGGUUUUCGCCAGGCAUAAUUGGACCCAUCUCGUCCAAAAAGUUGACUCAAGUUUGCCAAAAAGCACCUGGAUGAUCAUCAAGACUCUUGGAAGAACUUUCUAUGGACAGAUGAUUCAAAAGUAUAACUUUUUGGACGAGAUGGUUCCAGUAAUGCCUGGCGAAAACCAAACUCUGCAUUCCACAGUAAGAACAUCAUACCAAAGGUCAAGCAUGGUGGUAGUGGUGUGAUGGUUUGGGGAUGCUUUGCUGCCUCAGGACCUGGACGACUUGCCUUAAUAGAAGGAACCAUGAAUUCUGCUCUGUAUCAGAGAAUUCUACAGGAGAAUGUCAGACCAUCCGUCUGUGAGCUGAAGCUGAAGCGCAGCUGGGUCAUGCAGCAAGUCAAUGAUCCAAAACACACAAUCAAGUCUACAUGAAAAUUGCUAAAAAGCAACAAAUUGGAAGUUUUGGAAUGGCCUAGUCAAAGUCCAGAACUAAUCCCAAUUGAGAUGUUGUGGCAGGACUUGAAACAAGCAGUUCAUGUUUGAAAACCCACACGUCACUGAGUUAAAGCAGUUCUGCAUGGAAGAGUGGGCCAAAAUUCCUCCACAGCGAUGUGAGAGACUGAUCAACAACUACAGAAAGCAUUUGGUUGGAGUCAUUGCAGCUAAAGGUGGCACAACCAGUUAUUGAGUGUAAGGGGGCAAUUACUUUUUCAAACAGGGGAAUUAUUGGGUGUUGCAUAACUUUGUUUAUGAAAUAAAUAUGUAAUUGUUGUGUUAUUUGUUCACUUAUCUUCCCUUUAUCUAAUAUUAGGUUUUGGUUGAAGAUCUGAUAACAUUCAGUAUCACAAAUAUGCAAAAGUAGAGAAAAUUAGAAAGGGGGCAAAUACUUGUAUGGUAGAGAAAUGAACAUAAAAUUCUCUAGCAACAGCUCUGGUGGACAUUUCUGCAGUCAGCAUGCCAAUUACACGCUCCCUUAAAACUUGAGACAUCUGUGGCGUUGUGUGACAAAACUGCACAUUUUAGUGACCUUUUAUUGUUCCCAGCACAAGGUGCACCGGUGUAAUGAUCAUACUGUUUAAUCAGCUUCUUGAUAGGCCACACCUGUCAGAUGGAUUGAUUAUCUUGGCAAAGCAGAAAUGCUCACUAACAGGGAUGUAAACAAAUUUGUGCACAGAAUUUGAGAGAAAUAAGCUUUUUGUGCAUAUGGAACAUUUCUGGGAUCUUUUAUUUCAGCUCAUCAAACAUGGGACCAACAAUUUACAUGUUGCGUUUGAUAUUUUUCUUCAUUGUAAUUUUGCAAUAACUUAAUCCUUUAUUUUGUAUUAUUCAAUGCUGCACUUUCAGCAGCUUUACUGUACUCAUCAUUUCUACAGGUCAGUUGUAUGUCCACCAAAAUUCAAGAUCUGAACAAUAGUCUCCAUGAUUCUGUCUCCCUGAUUCUGUCUCCCUCUCUCUGUCUGUAGGUUUGUGCAGGUGCGUCCAGCGUGUGUGGAGGAUGAGUGGUUGCUGAUGGACGUUAUACUGUUCCUGAGUGCCUACUUCAAACAGAGCCAUUUAGAGACCGAGGACACGGACCUACGCUGGAUACUGGAGCUACUCCUCAAACAG